AAAAUCCCAAGAAACUUAGUAAAAAAUUUUUGUUUUGGUAAAUCUACGAGGUGUUCCUGAUCUUUUUCCGUCUGUAGAAACUUAGUAAAAUGGCUUCGGGGAAAAGCAUUCAAGAAAAGACCCUCACCGGCGUCGGAAACCUAAUACGCCUCCUCCCCACCGGCACCGUCUUCAUAUUCCAGUUCCUCAACCCCGUCCUGACCAACAACGGCCAAUGCGCCGCCGUGAACAAGUGGCUCUCCGCCGCCCUCAUCGCCGUCUGCGGCUUCUCCUGCGGCUUCUCCAGCUUCACCGACAGCUACACCGACGCCCAAGGCCAGACCCACUACGCCGUCGCCACCGCCAAGGGGCUCUGGCCGUCCCCCGGCGACGGCGGCGACUGGUCGGCGUUCAAAAUCCGGCCCGGAGACUUCGUCCACGCCGCGUUCACGACGCUGGUCUUCGGCGCGCUGGUGCUCUUGGACCGCAACACCAUGGAUUGUUAUUACCCGGCGUUCGAGUCCACCCAGAAAGUUCUACUCAUGGUGUUGCCGCCGGUGAUCGGCGCCGUUUCCGGGUCCGUGUUUAUGAUUUUCCCCAACAGGCGCCAUGGCAUUGGGUAUCCUCAGGAACAGGUUGUCGACAACACUAAAUUAUAACCUCGGAGUCCUCGAAUUCAAUUCCCACUACAUAGUACAUACCAAGAUUGCAUGAAUAAUUCCAAACACUAAAAUUUCAAAAAAAAAAUAAAUAAAUAAAAUUCCAAAACUAAACCUGAAACCAUUAUUUGAAUGUGUGUGUAAACUUAAUUCAUGUGUAGUAAUUUUUUUGAGUGACAGAAAAUCUGCAGCUACUGUUAAAAAGUGUGCACGAAUGGACCUGACUCAUGUAUGAUGUAGUAAUUUAAUUUUUUGAGUUAUUGUUUGUGAGUGUUUAUUUUUAAAAUAUUAUGUAUUUAAAUGUUGACAUGAUAAUAUACUUUAAAGUUUUUUGUGGAUUAA